AGUGUUUGACCCACAUCUUUCUUUCUAUUUCUUAACCACAUUCUUGAAGCUUGAUAUCAUCAUUGUUGGAAAAUUUCAAAGUUUUAUUUUUAAUGUCAACUUUUUAUUUCUAAGUUUCUUGAAAGUUUUGAAACAUACCCUUUAAAUUUCUCACAAAACCCAUUAUUUUUUAGCCACAAAGCUUUGAGCUUUUUGAGCAAAUCAGCCAAAUUUGAGGUAAUUAUAGCUUUUUAAGUGAUUUGAGGGUUUUUGAAGAAAAUGUCACAAAUGGAAGCAGAAAAUGGUGAUGGCAUGUCGAAGAUAGAAGAUUAUGAAGUUAUUGAGCAGAUUGGUAGAGGAUCUUUUGGAGCCGCGUUUCUUGUUCUUCAUAAGACUGAAAAAAAGAAGUAUGUUAUGAAGAAGAUUAGAUUGAGUAAGCAAACAGAGAAGUUUAAGAAGACAGCACAUCAAGAGAUGGAUUUGAUAUCUCGACUUAAUCAUCCAUACGUUGUGGAGUACAAAGAUGCUUGGGUGGAUAAGGCUGGCAUAUGCAUAGUGACGGCUUAUUGUGAAGGAGGUGACAUAGCUGAGCUUAUACGGAAGGCUAGAGGAACAUACUUCCCAGAGGAGAAACUCUGCAAAUGGCUGACACAAUUAUUACUGGCAUUGGAUUAUUUGCAUACUAAUCGUGUCCUUCAUAGGGAUUUGAAGUGUUCCAACAUAUUUCUUACAAAGGAGAAUGACAUUCGUCUUGGUGACUUUGGACUAGCGAAACUCCUAAACUCAGAAGACCUUGCUUCCUCGGUUGUUGGGACCCCCAACUACAUGUGUCCCGAACUCCUUGCAGACAUCCCUUACGGUUACAAAUCUGAUAUUUGGUCGCUUGGUUGCUGCAUGUUCGAGAUUUGUGCACAUCAACAACCAUUUCGAGCUCCUGAUAUGUCAGGACUUAUUAACAAGAUAAACAGAUCCACCAUUUCUCCUCUCCCCAUUGUGUAUUCAUCGACAUUGAAACAGAUCAUAAAAACAAUGUUAAGGAAAAGUCCAGAACAUAGACCAACUGCUGCAGAACUUCUAAGACAUUCACACCUACAACCAUACCUCCUCAAAUGUCACAACCCAUCUACCGUGUUUUUACCCGUGAAACCUCCAAACAGCCCAAAUGAUAAGACUCCGAAGAAACCUUCACCCAUGAAAUCAAAUGACGGAAAAGAUACACGUGAGAGAGAUGUGCAUGUUCAAAAACAAAAAGUACAAGUAACAAAGCAUGAAGAAAAAUGUAACAGUGAUAUGCCUGUUAGAAAUUUACAUAACAACCCUAUAUUUGCAGUAGUGGAAGAAGAAACAAAUCUAGAGACCAAAAGGGUAGACCCCACAAGUUAUUUUAAUGAUAGCGGGGAUACAAGCUGUGAGACUACCAUAGUUUGUAAUGGGGAUGGGCCAGAAAAUUCAGAUUCCGUAGUACAAAAAGUCAGCACAAAGUCGAGCUCGUUGGAUCUUUCGAAUGGCGAACAAGAGGAAACAAGUCUUCCGCUAUUUCAGAAACUCGGUGAUGAUAAUAUUGGAAACGAGACAAUAGACAAUAUUUUGGAGACAUUUAGCGAAAAAGGCGAAUUGGUUGAUGAAGAAAACAUAUCGGCUCAAACAGUCAUUUUUGAGGUGGAUACAGAGCAAACUAAAGCAGUUGAACCCAAACCGGACGAACCUCUUGAUCAAGAACCCGACUUGAAGCUAACAGAGAAAACUGCACCAGUUAACGAACCAUUAGCAACCACACCCACCCCAUCAAGUGACACCAAUAGCAAGACUGAAUGGCUAAACGCAACCCAACAAAGAGCAGAUGCAUUAGAGUCAUUGCUUGAGUUAUGUGCACGGUUACUAAAACAAGAAAAACUUGAAGAGCUUGCUGCAGUUUUGAAACCAUUUGGUGAAGAGACGGUUUCUUCAAGAGAAACAGCAAUAUGGUUAACGAAAAGCCUCAUAGGUGCACAGAAAUUUGCCGGUGGAUCUUGAAAUCUUUAAUAUUAUUAUGUUCUAUACAGGGACUGAACUUGUGACCUUUUUUUCUUUCUUUCUAACUAGUUGGAUAGAUUUACGUGUGUAUGUAUGUAUGUAUGAAUGGUAAUGGUUUUGGGUUGUGGAAACAUAGGUAAUUGGGGAAGGACAUAUGUCUAAAAGAGGAUUCCAGUUUAUAAGUACAUGACUAAACGUCUUAACCCCCAA